AUGGAUACCCGGCAUCACCAGCUCGCUUUGUUCAGUGUCCUAUUGAUUAUCUCCCUUUCCUCUUGUAACACUUGUGAGGUUUCAUUUGACCAGAAAACAGCGGAUUGUUCGAACCGUGGUUACCAUCACAUUCCAGUGCUAUCUAAUUUCACCGAAAACUUAGAUUUAUCAGGAAAUGAUAUAUCACAUCUGGACGAAGCAUCAUUUCUAAAUCUGAAAAAUCUGAAAUUCUUGAAUUUGAACUGGAAUAAGAUUAAAUCCAUCGCUAAAGACACAUUUUCUGGACUUUCGUCACUUCACAAUCUGUCGAUUGGGCACAACAGAAUAAACAUUUUGCAGAAAGAGUUCGGUGAGAUGAGAUUUACUCGUAAUUCAAUGUUGGAAUAUGUGGAUAUAUCCUUCAAUACUAAGUUGCCUUUAUACGAAGAAUCUGUGUACCCAGACGCUGUGUUCGCGUCAUUGUCAUCUGUUCGUGAGCUUCAUGUCGACCUUUUACCGAAUCCUAUAUUUGGAACGGGCUUCAGUAAUAUGACAAAUCUAAACAAACUUGUUUUCAAAGACUGUGUAUUGAUGCACCUUUCUAAUGAUACAUUUAAACAUUUCCGGAACCUCGAGUCGCUGACAUAUUUAGAUAUGUCGAAUUGUCAGGUGAAUGUCAGACACUUUGUGAAAAUGGAAAAAGCUUUCUUACAGUAUUUCUCUUCUCUCCAAUACCUUGACCUUUCCGAUUCCUAUAUAACGUUGCCGGUUGCCAUGGACAUCCUGUAUGGCCUCACAGUAAACACAAACAACACUAAUCCUGUCAGAAAAAUGAAAGUCUUGAAUCUGUAUAAUGUCAACCCCUUUCUAUUAUUAUGGAUGUAUGACGUCGAUUAUGCAGUAAAGGUGACGACAGAGAUGACCAGAUAUUACAGACAGUUAUGUGUGGAGGAUAUUAAUGUAGGCAAUAACGGGAUCGUUGAAAUAGAAGUCGGAACGUUAUUAUUAUUUGACGAUUUUAGUUGCUUGAGACGUUUAACUAUAUCAGAGAACAACUUUAUGUUCACCUUCCCUCGCUUUGCACUAAGCGUCUUACAGUUUUUUGCAAAGAGCAUAAACCUAGAAGAGCUAGAUUUUUCAUACGUAGCUAUUAAGUUUUCAAUGAAUCAAAAUACAGGCAGGAACAGCCUCCAAACUAAGAAAAAGCAGUCGUCAUUUCGGUGCGUGAUGCCUUUCAAAGUUGGACGACAUAUGCGGUAUGUACGACUGACCCAUCUACUUUUCCCUUUUGGUCUUGAUUGUGAUAUAGAUUUGUCUACUUGUCCUGUUUUAAGAUUGCUAGAUAUAUCAGAAACAACGAUUUUAAGUGAGAAUUUUCGCAUUAAAGAAGUCCGUGUUGAGUAUAUGAACGUUUCCGGUAUGGAUUUCGGAACAACUGGACGAAUGCUUCUAGGAAAUCUGAAAUGGGUUCAUCGACUAGUUAUUCAGAAUGCAAACUUAGACCGUGCAUUCAGCAACAAGAAUUACGUCUUCAAAGACAUCAAACACGUAGACGAAGUCGAUAUGUCAUUGAACCAUUUAUCUACAUUGGACGAGGAAAGUGUUCAGGGCCUGGAGGGGGUGAACAAUAUCAUCUUAUCGUGGAACUUUUUCAGUGAUUUUCCCGAGGGGUUAUACAGGUUAAAAAACCUCACUGACAUAGACCUUAGGCACAACCAGCUAACAUACCUUAGGGAGAAGGCACGGACAUGGUUGGAUAGGAUGAAUUCUCGGCCCGAACGGAACAUCAGGAUUUCAGUGAUUGGAAAUCCAUUUGCGUGCACUUGUGACACACUGGAUUUCGUUUUCUGGAUUUGUGACACUAAUGUGAUGCUGGAUUACCACAACAACUACACGUGUACCCUACCGAAUGGUUCGACUGUUAUGCUUUGUCACGUCAACCAAAACUAUCCGUUGUAUUUAGGCAACUGUAAUAAAGAGUCUUUCUGGAUCGUGUUCGCAAUUUCUGGGAUAAGUAUUUUGCUGCUGUUACUUGUGGCAUCGUCAUUUGUUUUCAAAUUUAGAUGGAAAAUUCAGUAUUUCUUUUGGAGGAAGUUAAACAGUAAACCAGCAGUUGUUACUGAUAUCAGACAUUACACCUAUAAAUCCUUUAUAACAUAUUCCGAGGAGGAUUGCUGGAGUCAUAAUUCCUUUCUACCAAAACUUGAACAGCUUGAAAAAGAAGACGGCAUUCGGUGUUGCGUCCAGGAAAGAGACAUCAUAGCUGGUGAGAACGAAAUUAAAAGGCUUACCGAGUUUCUUCCAGACAGUGAGAAAUUCAUGCUGGUACUGACUAAAGAUUUUAUUGACACUAAAUGGUGUGAAUUUGUGUUGGAUAUUUGCCUCAGGGAACGUAUGGAAAGGAGGAAUAAUGGCUGUCUGGUAAUGAUAUUUAAAGAUAUAGACCCCCGAUGUGCUCCCGAAUUCAUUACAAACGCAUACAAACACUGUACAUCCAUCACCUACCCAGAGGAGGAAAACGACGAAGAAGGUUUCUGGUAUGAGAUACGCCAAACACUCUUACAUUAAAUUAAUAUGUAUGACUAUAUUUCGUAUACUGGAUACUGUAGGCAGAUUAUACUGUUAUGUUACACAGGGAAAGGGCUUCCUGGAUUUUAUCUCUCUGUAUAUUACCUACAACCCGAUACAACUUCUAGGUUUUUCCUUCUUUUUUAGAUUAAAUGAUCUGUCAUUUGAUGUUUACAUCUUUUCAAUAUCCUUGAAGAAAUUUAGGAUUCUUUUACUGUAAAAAACAUUUUAUGCAUAAUAUUUUUACAUGUAUUAUUGGUAAUAAAUGGUUUAUCCAGCACUUUCUGUUGUUAAAAUUAAUAAUACGAGAAAUUUAGUAUUAAUACAUCAUCAUUAAAUUAACCUUCAGAGGGAUAAGUACAUUUUUCUGAUCUGAAAACUGUAUCUUUUGUAUGACACUUAAUAGUCUGAUGCGCAUUUAUAGUUUGAUGCAAAUUAAAUGCACACC